AAAUAGGAAUAAAUUCUACUCUAUGUGAGUAAAAGUGACUUUUUAGGCAAAAAUCCCAAUCCCCCUCACCCACCCACGCCACCCCUCUCACCCACUAUAUCAGGCGUUAAACCCCAUGCGUCUCUGCAUGCCCAUUGCAUUUUUCAUCGAAUAUUCAGCUUUCCAAUCAACUAUAAUCUAGAACUAGAGGGAAAAAAUGGAGGAGGAGGAGGUAGGUCCAACGGAGGAAAUAGUUCAGGCUUUACUGGAAUCCAUGGUGGAGCCAUUGUUAGGCCGCAAUUCAAAGGAAGUUCCAACACUUGAUCAACAAAAAUCCAUGGCUAAACAGGUGGAUGCUGUUGUGUUGCUCUACAACUACUACUACAGGAAGCAACAUCAAGAUCAUAAACUAGAGUUUCUUAGUUUUACAUCAUUUUGCCAAUUGGCUGUUGUUCUGAAACCAAGUUUGAUGACAUAUAUGAAAUUAAUGCAUCGAUCAGAUUACACAGAUGUGGACGAUUUGGAAAGCCAACUUUCAUUCACUGAGAAGGCAAUUAUGAGGGCAUGUGAUGUAUCUUUGACGCUGGAUGAUGCAGAAGUUGUUCAGCUAUCACAGAAAUGGCCUACCUCCAAAGUUGCUGUAUUCUUAGUUGACUCAAGGAGGGAGAAUUGCUUGCUUAUGCACAGUUCUAUGACCUGUGCAGUUUGGUCCAUUAUUGAAAAACGUUUUGAUGGAUCCUCAGGUCAUCCGUCUGAUUCAAAGUGCAUAAACAAAAAAAGAAGAGCUAGUAAGAUAUUUUCAACUGUUCUCCAGUACUCUGAUGGAGCAGCGCUCCAAGAGCUUGCACUUUCUGCUGCGGCAGAAGCAACAGGCAUCAAUAGAAGUGAUCUGGUUGUCCUAGAGAGCCACCUUGUAUAUGCCGUAGAUAAAGAAAAAGCAUCCGCUCUAUUAUAUCUCGUACAAUCCACUAAGUUGGUGAAUGAAGAUUUUACAAUUCCUAUUCGAGACGUCAUUGAAAGUUUGCAGGGUCCUUUAAUCAAGAAAAAGACAAGUGGAUGGUCGGUUGCUCCAGCUGUUGAGUAUUUUCACUUGCUUCCCUACAGAGAGAUUUUGUCGAACUGGCAUUCCAGGGAGCUGUUAUCAACUGGCUUGCAAGAUCUAAAUGUCAAAGUGUUAGCUGGUCAUGCAUAUGAUGUACAUCUUGGCUCCAGUGAGAAAGAAACAAAUCAGGUGAAAACUAAUUCCUACAGUAACUAUACUAUAAGGAAGUCCAAGGGAUGCACAGUAAGCAGCUGGAAUCAUGAGCUUUUUCAAGGAAAAAUGGAGAAUGUGGCUCAAACCAUGAUUAAGACAUGCAAUACUGAUUACGAUGAUGAAAAGAUUGUUGAAGCGAAAAGAAGAAGAGGUGUGCAAGGAGUCUCUGCAGUAGGCCUGUCACAGUUAGGUUUUCAACAUUCUGAGGAUGCAGUAGCCACUUUGGAUUCAAAGGAAUAUGCAAUAUCACAAUCUGCCUUGGCUGUUCUUCGCUGGAAAAGGGAGAAACUGCAUUAUCAGCUACGCAUUUUGGAAGAUGAGAUUGCAUUGUGUAAUAAAACUAUACUGACAGAAUUUAAUGGUGGAUUUCUUUCCAAGGUCAUUGUGAAAGGUGCAGAUUUCGAAUUUUCCAGUGAAAGCAACAUAAGUGAGAGUCCGCGUGAAGCAAGGGAGUCUGCUGCUGCACACAUGAUUGCAAGAGUAGCUUGCAGGUAGGUCUGAAUCCGUAGCCUUGCAAGUACCAAGAUCAGACCAUUCCUAUAACAUUCCAUAUAAAGUCAACUCGCGACCUGUAAUCAUAUUAAGAAAAUGUAAACUGAUCGAUUCUAGUUAUGAAGAAACAUCGACUUUUUGUUGACUCUUAAAAACAUUUGUACUCUUGUCGAUUAAAUGCUCAGAGCCAACUAAGUAUUGGCUGGCUCCUAGAAGUCGUUUUGCUUCUUUUUAACAUCAUA